AUGGAUCCUCUCAGCAUUGGAGAUGCCAUCACUUAUGCAGAAUUUCUGAAAGCCCAAGGAAAUCAAGAUUUCAAAAAUGGAAACUAUUCUCUAGCCAUCAGAAAAUAUGAUGAAGCAAUACAAUUAGUACUUCAUUUCUCCCAUGCAAUGGGAAUUCCAUACCAACGAGACAUGGCAGUUUUGUUCUGCAACAGAUCAAAUGCUUUUUACAAUUUGGGUAAAUGGAAUGAGGCUUAUUGCUCAGCAGAAAACAGUCUCAGAUGGGAUCCAACUUACGUGAAGGGGUACUACAGAACUGGUUACUCUCUGAUUAAAUUGUCAAAAACCCUACAAGCAGCAGAAAAGUUUUAUCAAGGUUUGACCUUUCUCCAGACUUCAUCAGAUGUUGGUCAAAUUUCUGAUUUUAUAGUUGGUGCCUUAUCAACUGUUAGCAGUGAAAGGGUUAUUAACCAGAAUAUUUUAUCUAUUUGUAAAAAAAUUAUGAAUAGUAUUCUGAGUCCACUGAUUUGGCAACAGGUAAUUGAAAAACUGGCCAGAAAAGGUUUAUGGCAGUCUUGUCUAUUGCUGGCUACUGAGAAAGACAGAUUGCCAAGAAAUCUGCAAGUUACUGAUUUAUCACUGAAAGAUCUCUUUGAGAAGUAUGUUUUUUGGGACCACUAUGAGAAGAUGCAAAGAUUAUCCAAACUAGUGGAGUGGUUGCUGUCUAUUGGAGCAAAAGUAGAAAGCAUUGGAGCUUAUCCUCUUCAUGCUGUCAUCAUGUUUUGUAUCAAAGCAAAUGAAAACCACCUUUUCAAGUGGCUACUGAAUUGUAAGCCUGAACUGAAGAGACUUAUCAACCAGCAGAAUGAAGAUGGGUCCACAGUUCUUCAUCUAGUUGCAGCUCAGACUAGUGGAUAUCCAUGGAAAUAUCAAAAGGAAGAUAUCAUGAUGCUUCUAAAUGCUGGGGUGGAUCCAAGGAUCUCUGAUGCCCGAUCAAGAUCUGCUUUAGAUAUCUUGAAAAGCAACAAGAAGUUCACAGCUAUAGAACUAAUCAACAAGUACUUAGCCAAUCACAAAUUAUGCCCGAAGGAAUUACCAGGUGAGAUUGAAAGUGAAGCAUCUGCAGAUGUUAUAACUUCACUUCAGGAAGCUUUUGAACAGUUUGUGGAGUUUUGCUGUUUAGAACAUGAGGAAUAUAGUAUCAGGACGUUGGAACAUGACAAAAUCCAGAGGCUUUUGAAGCUGCUGUCUGCAAUAACAGAGAUUCCUAAAGAUCUUGCCUGUGAGAUUUCGCCUACUUGUGCCAACAGCUUCAUAAAGUUGUUGUUGGAGAAGCAAAUGUGGCAUGAAGUUUUGUUACUGUUGACCCGAAAGGCCACAGGGGAAAUGACAUCCAGAGACAGAUUUCUUAAAAACUGUUCUCUCUCAGACUUGGACAUUGGCACAGUCUUGAAACACCUAGAUAAGGAUUAUAAACAACGAGUACAGCUUGUAAGAUGCUUGAUAGAGAGAGGAGCCUCACCUGAAGGGAUUGGAAUUACCCAGGAGAAACCACUUCUGAAAUGCUUGAAAAAUAAUGACUUUGAAUUGGCAUUUUUGUUCCUGAGAUCUGGUGCAGAUCCUACUUGUAUAUCCAUUUGGGAAGGUGACACGCCCUUACAUGCUGCAUUGUCAAUUUAUCUUGAUAAAAAAGAUUAUACUGGUAUCAAUAUCCUAAGUUACCUUCUAAAGUUGUACAAGUCAAAUCCAUUCACAUUUCCACAUCUUAAUCCAAAUAGCCAAGACAAGAAUGGAGACACAAUAUUGCACAUCAUCUUUCAGAAAAAUGUAACUAAGCAGAUUAAGAAAAUUUUAGACUUGCUAGCAAAGUUUGACAUUAACUUUAAUUUAAAAAAUAAUUUAGGCAGAGAUAUUCGUUACAAAAAAAAGAAGAAUGACCCAAUGCUUAUUGCUUGGAAUGAUGCUCUAGGUGACAAGAAGAAAAAAUACCGACAUGAUGCAAUGGUACAAAAACCCACUGCAGCUUUAAACAGGUCACAAACAAAAAAUUCUGCCCAUUCUUCAGCCAUGCAGUUAUCCAAAGUGACACCUGGAAAAGUGCCAUUAACCAAGGAGCCAAUUGCAGAUACUGUUUCUCAUGAACAAAAAAUAGAAGGUGAUGCUGGAGUAAAAAAUUCUACAUAUAGGGAUAGUAAUAAGUCACUGACUCUGAAAGAAUGUAUUGUACAAGAAAUCAAAUUGUUAGUCCAGAAACUUGGAUUAGGUGAAUUCUCAGGAAAAAUUAAUUCAGAGACAUCUGAGAUACCAAAGCUGUUAUCUUCAGUAGUGAAGACUGAAGGCAAGGAGAUCAAACAUCAAAAGUCAUGUGGCCAUCAGAAGUUACCUUACAGUAAAAAGGUUGCUUGCCUAAACAAAGACAACCUGAGGGAGAAAGUCCACAAUCAACUCACUGAGUACAAAGGAGAAAGGGAAGAAACUAUUCAAGAUGAUGGUCAGUUUCAGGACAUAGAAAUGUAUGUUCAGGAUUUUGAUAACAUGACAUGGGAAAUUGAGUGCACAUCUGAAAUGCUAAAGAAGCUGAGUGACAAAAGCAUGCCUCAUUAUAUGAAGAAUAAAGUAAUACUUGUAAUUCAGCAGUUGGGAAAUGGAGAAUGGACUCAAGGUCUGCAAAAGCAGCUGAAACAUUUGAAAGGUGACAUUCAACUCUAUGAAGCAAAGUUGGGCAAAGGGGCAAGGAUGCUCUGGGAGUUGGCAGUAGACUUUUCUCCUCGCUGCAGUGAGAAACAAGAUAAGAUACUAGAGAAUGAGCUUUAUAAUAACUCAGCAGAGAAAAAUGGGAGAGUUUAUACAGAAAUAAUUCGCAUAUGGGAUAUUGUUCUGGAUCAUGACAAACUCAACCAUGCCAUUAACACUGUGUGUACUGCGUACAAUCGUGGGCUUGCUUGUAUCCUGAAAAAAACCCUCAAAGGUAUAAAUACAGGUCCAAUGUCUUCUAAUCUGAAAACACAAAAGCGUAUUCCUCGUAUUUAUGUUGAAGACACCAAAGCAGAAAAAUUGAAAGAUAGUGUUCUUGAAUAUUUUCCUCCAGCAAGUGCCAUUGAAACUGAAUAUAGUAUAAUGAAGUUUCAUAGUUUCAGUACUAAUAUGGCAUUUAACAUCAUAAAUGAUAUAACUUCUACUGCUGAAUAUCCCUUUAGAGUUGGUGAAUUAGAAUAUGCAGUUAUUGACUUGAACCCCAAACCAUUGGAGCCAAUAAUCUUGAUUGGACGGAGUGGAACAGGAAAAACUACUUGUUGUUUAUAUAGACUUUGGAAAAAAUUCCAUUCCUAUUGGGAAAAAGCAGAGUUGGCAGGAGGUCCAUUAUUAGUCAGACAGAUAUGGCACAGGCUAAAAUAUAAUAUGCAGUUGGGAAAUGACAACAUAACAGAUACAAAUCAUGAUGAAAGCCAAGUCAGUAAUGACUCCAUUGAUUCGAUAGAAUUGGAAACAUUUUUAAGUAUGAAUGAUGAUGAUAAAGAAAAUGAAGUUGAACAGGAUACUUUAACUUCAACGGACUCAGAAAUGAAUUCACUUUGUGAAUGUGAUGAGGAUGAGAAACCUGUUGUAGAAGAAUCUGACAAACUAGAACACCUGCAUCAAAUCUUCGUUACUAAAAAUCAUGUUCUCUGCCAAGAAGUUCAGAGAAACUUCAUUGAGCUUAGUAAGUCUUCCCAGGCAACCUGUCAUUUCAAGCCACUUGAAUCAAAUAUCUACAGACUUCAGGAUGUUAAAGAUGAAAAUUUUCCACUCUUCCUCACCACCAGACAGUUGCUGCUUUUACUGGAUGCCUCUAUCCCUGAGCCAUUUUUCCUCAGAAAUGAAGAUGGAAGUCUUAUGCAUACUCUUGAUGGGUGGUCUACUACAGAAGACCUGGCCAUCAUAAACUGGCAAGAGGAAGAGGAAGAUGUUGGUGGAGAAGUAGAUUAUGAUGAAGAUGAAAACGCUACAGAAGGUUAUACAAAAGAGCGUGACCCUCGAGUCUUUGUGACUUACGAUAUAUUUGCUAAUGAAAUUUGGCCCAAAAUGGUCAAAGGCAAAUGUCCCUACAACCCAGCAUUGGUCUGGAAAGAAAUAAAAUCAUUUUUGAAAGGAUCUUUUGAAGCAUUGAACAGCUACCAAGGCAUACUGACUGAAAAAGAAUACAAAAAUCUAGGACGAAAACGAUCCCCAGAUUUCAAAGAAGACCGUAGUGAAAUCUAUCGACUCUUUUGCCUUUACCAGCAAAUAAAAUCACAGAGUAAUUACUUUGAUGAAGAAGACUUAUUGUAUAAGUUGUCUCAGCGACUUUCUAAACUCAGUGAAUUACCAUGGUGCAUCCAUGAACUUUAUGGGGAUGAAAUUCAGGAUUUCACUCAGGCAGAAUUAGUAUUGCUAAUGAACUGCAUUGAGGAUCCUAAUGCAAUGUUUCUGACUGGUGAUACUGCACAGAGCAUCAUGAAAGGAGUGGCUUUUCGUUUCAGUGAUUUGAAAUCACUUUUUCACUAUGCCAGCCAAAGCUGUAAUGAUAAGAAGCAAUGUUUGGUUAGAAAGCCAAAAAGGAUAUAUGAGCUUUGUCAGAACUACAGAUCUCAUUCAGGCAUUCUUCACUUAGCUUCAGGAGUUGUUGAUUUGCUUCAGUGGUAUUUCCCAGAAUCUUUUGAUCGUCUUCCUAGGGAUAGAGGUCUCUUUGAUGGGCCUAAGCCUACAGUUUUGGACUCUUGCAGUUUUAGUGAUCUGGCAAUUUUGCUAAGAGGCAAUAAAAGAAAAACGCAGCCAAUAGAAUUUGGAGCACAUCAGGCAGUAUUGGUAGCUAAUGAAACGGCAAAGACAAAUAUCCCCGAGGAGCUUAAUUUGGCUCUUGUGCUAACAAUUUAUGAAGCAAAAGGCUUGGAAUUUGAUGAUGUGCUCCUUUACAAUUUUUUUACAGAUUCAGAGGCUUACAAAGAAUGGAAAGUAAUUUCUUCUUUUAUACCUCUCACCUAUUUGUCUGAUCAAGAAACCAAGCUGAUAAUUGAAUUACCCUUUGAGAAAGAUGUUGAUGCUGAAGGAAGACUUCCAUUUCUAAAUCCAGAAAAGUACAAGAUGCUUAAUGGAGAGCUAAAGCAAUUAUAUACUGCUAUUACAAGAGCCAGGGUUAAUCUGUGGAUCUUUGAUGAAAACAGUGAUAGACGUGCGCCUGCAUUUCAAUAUUUUAUCAAACAAGAUCUUGUUCAGGUUGUCAAAAAGGAUGAAAAUAAAGAUUUUGAGGAUAGUAUGUUUGUCAAAACAUCAACUCCAGAAGAAUGGAUUGCACAAGGAGAAUAUUAUGCUAAGCAUCAAUGUUGGAAGGUUGCUGCAAAAUGCUAUCAAAAGGGAGGAGCACAUGAGAAAGAGAAACUAGCUAUGGCGCAUGAUGCUGUGCUUACAGUUCAGUCAAAGAAAAUAAAUUCCAAGGAGAAGCAGAUGGAGUACCUACAUCUGGCUAAAACCUACCUGGAAUGUGGUGAGCCAAAUUUGGCUCUUAAAUGCCUGUUUCAUGCCAAAGAAUACCAGCUUUGUGCAAAACUUUAUGAAAAAUUAGGAAAGAUGAAAGAGGCAGCACAUUUGUAUAAGAGAUGCCAGUGCUACAAGGAUGCAUCCAGGUGUUUUGAACAGAUCCAGGAGUUUGAUCUAGCACUUAAAAUGUAUUGCCAUGAUGAACGGUAUGAAGAAGCAGCAAAAUCUGUUGAAAGAUAUGAGAAAAUACUACAAAAAGAAAAUCAGCCAGCUUUCAAACUAUCAUACACAGCAGACCAGUUUUAUUUGGAAGCUGCUGCAAAAUGCCUGCGUGGAAAUAACAUCAGCAAAAUGAUGGAGAUGCUCUCUCACCUGGACACGGAAGAUCAGCUUGCAUUCUUAAAAGCACACAAACACAUUCAUGAAGCAGCUGAUCUGUUGAAAAGAGAAGGCAGAGAUGAGGAAGCUGCAAAACUUAUGAAACAGCAUGGCUUUUUCUUAGAAGCAGCAAAACUCACUAACCAAAUGGACUUCCAAGCAUCCUGUUUGCUUGCUGCAGCCCGCCUUAGUGUAGCAGGCUUUGUUAAGCUUGGGGAUGUAAAGGCCAUUUUGAGUGACUCCUUAGAACUGUUUGAGCAGACAAACCAGAAAUCUGGGAGUGCUGAGGCCAUCUAUUUGAUGGGUGUCAUAACAAAAGACUUUGCUAAAUUGAAGGUAGCCUUUGAUACGUUUGUACAUAUGAAUCACAGUGCUGGGGCUGUAGAAGCUUUGUUUCAAGCCACACGUUGUGAAACAGAAAAUGAAGCCAUCUUGCAAAUGACUGUUCGUGGGAUUGAGGUUCUUCUGAAACUGGUCAAAGCUUUCCAAAAAGCAGGCACUAAUGCUGAGAGAGAAAUGGUGAAGUCAUGUAAUGAAUAUUUUGGGAUUAUACCAAUAGAUGGAAAAUUUUGUCAAGUUUCCCCAAAAGAAGCAGGAUGCAUUCUAGAGUUUUUGCCUGAAGAUAAUACAGUAAGAGAAAAUAAAACAAGUGACCAGGUCAAGGUAAGCUUGAAAGAAGUGAAAACUCUGCUGAAUAAGCAUUUAUUAAAUAGGCUAAUGGCCAUUAUUCGCCAUUUGUUUGAACUGAGCUUUCCCAGUAUUUGCAUGAAAUUCACUGCAGGCUUGAAAUGUGAGGAUGGAACCUGUAAAGAUUUUCAUAAAGUUCUGGCACGUUAUGAAAUAAAAUCUAUAUUUCAGUGUAAAAUGCACUUGGCUGCAAUAAAUGGGCUACUGCUAGAAGCAGAACAAUUGUUCUCAAAAGAUUUGUUUCAUGAAUCCAGUGACAUCGAUGAACUGUUGACAGCUGAUAAAUAUGCAUUGUGCAAGUCUCUUAUUAAUACCGUAUUUCCGAAACACUUUCAUCUGAGAAUGGUUUCUGAGAAUCCACUGACCUGUAGAGAAAUCCUGAGUUAUGAAGUUACCAGUUCUUGCAAUACAGUACUGAGAGAAUGCAUCAAGUUUGAGUUUAAAAAUGAAACUGCCGGAAACAGAAGAGAAUCCACUGAUCUGUGGCUAAGGGCAAUGCAAGUCUUUGCUCUGACAUCUUGUUAUCACACGGAGUUUGAGAGGCUUCUUUUUAAAGAAGAAGAUGAAUAUAACAAAGAAUUAGAAGACAGCAGGAAAGGAAGAUCCAAAGGAAUAGAAGGCAAACAUGGUAUGCUGAUGCCUGACAAAUACGCACAAAAUGCUGUAGGCACCCACUUGUGUUUUAUUCGACUCCUACAGAAUUCAAUGGAUCAGCUCUACGUUCAUAGAAAUCUUGAGCAAUGCAGAUGGCUGUUUUACCGUUUCAUGAACGUCUUGGUGAAGAGACGCAUCCAUCCUUUGAUUCCAAGCAUAGGAAAUACAGUGACUUUGCUGGAAUUUCAGUUUGUUUUGGGAUGUGCCACACUGAUGCGCCUCUGCAAAAACAUGACUCUUUGUCUGCCCGAGAGCUAUAUUGCCCUGUUCCACUACUGGGAUUUUUUAUUCACGAGGGGAGUUCGACGUAAUUACAUAUUUUCUAUUAUACAGGAAUAUAAGCCAGAGGACCCAAAGCAAGCCGUAUGGAAAUUUAAAAUGCAUCUCAAGCAUUUAGCCAAUGUUUUGUGUGGAUAUGAACAUGAACAUUUCAAUGUUCUCCAGGAUGCUUUUUGUGACCCUGAUUUCAUCAUGUCAGGGGAAGCCGAGCGAACAGUGGUGCUUUGCUUAGUUAUGUUAGUAAAUGCUGAUCAAGUGCUUAGUAGGAAGCAUAAAGAUAUAUUAGCUGAGCAAUUUCCUACCAUUAAGGAAUGCCUUAGAGAAAUGAAAAACAAGUGUCCUUCCAAAGUCCCUGAAAGAUUGUUUAAGACUGUGAAUUUGAUGAGUGAAGCAUCUAAUGUUAAUGAAGUUGUUGAAGGACUCAAGGAGCUGCUGUUUUGCCGAGAUAAAGAAUUUUUAGCUGAUUGUUCUUGGAGGUGGGAUCCUAGAAGUGCAAGGGAUAACAAAGAAGUCAGAGGUAUUUAUUAUGAAGUUGCCGACUUGGACAGGUUUGCAUAUCGCAGUCAGGCAGAUUAUUUUGAAGAUCCAGAAAUUGAUCUUGAAAAAGAUAUUGAUGCUGAGGACAGGGAAGAUCCAUUAAACAGUAUAGCAUCAAAGCGGCAGCGGAAAGCUUCUGCCAAGAAAAAGUUGCAGUGCCUUUUCCUAUUUGUGCGUUGUUGUGUUUGGUGGAAAAGGAUUUCGGGUCCAAAGCCAGAGUCCUUGGAAAUGGCAUUAGGGAUCUUUAAAAAAGCAGACAUUGACUCAACACAGUGUGAUCUCUGUGGGGUCAAAUUUCUCCCAAGUCCCGCAAACUUUGUUUCUCAGGUAGAACAUACAGAAGAACUACUGAAAGAAAUAGUGUCUCCAACAGAAACUGAUUGGGAGGAGGUGAUGGAAAUAAAUCAAAAAGUUGCUGCUGGAACAACUUGUGAAAGCCAUGUUACCUUGGUUGGCCAUAAAAAUAAAGUAAGUUCCUACAGGAGAUACUUUGAGUUUUUCAAAAAUGAGAUGGAACCAUUGAUCUGUAAAGGGAUAAAUAUAGUGGAAAGGAUCGGAGAAAAUGCCUGCAUCAGAGGUGACUUUGGAUCUAAGGAACAUUCUGAGUUAGUACAAAGAAAAAUCCAAAGUACUAUUAAAAAGAUUUCGGAUACAGUGGAAGACAUCUACAAGAGAAAAGCAUGGGCUGAUGCUAAGGAAAUCAUUUCCAAGUUGGCUACCAAUCUGAAUUCCAAUUUAGAUGGUGCCAUAAAGUUGCUGGAGAAAAUGGAAUCCUAUACAAGGGAGGAAGAAUUUGACCAUGACGAAUACUUAGACAAUGAAGUAGAAGAAAAGAUAACUUUCAGAGAACUGCAUGCCAAAAAGCCUUCAAAAAAGAAUGGAAAAAUUAAAAGGAAAUAAGCUUUAAAAUUCCACAGUUAAUAUUUUCUUUUAACUUGGAUUACAUUUUAUGUACUUU